AAUUGAUUGGAAAAAGAAGGUUUAUUAGGUAGUAGCUUUUGGGACAGAACAGAACAGCCCUCGUGGCGGUGCCGUGUCUUCUCUUCAAAUAAGGAAACCAUAACAGCCAUCUUUAGAUUAUUUUUCUUACCAUUUUCAAUUAUAUAUAUAUUUUUUAAUUUUUGAUUUGUUAAUAUUCUCACAACAAACGGAACUCACACGCAAACUACCCUCUUAUAUUUUCUUCUUCUUCUUUCUUCUUUUAUUUUUUCUCAUCAAGUAAACAAUUAGUCCACAAAACCUCAAAUUACAAUUACAUAGCUCCCCCACUCCAAAAUUCCCAAAAAGGUUAAAGCUAUAGAGAGAAGAAAAAAAGCAAAAGAGAAAUCACAUUUCAUUUUUCAUUAAAUUAAAUGCCGAACCUCUUCACUCUCUUUCUCUUCGUUGCAUCCGUGUUCUCAGGGUAGUUUGUGACAUACUGUUCUUCAUACGUUGAUUGUUACUAGAGUUUGAUGUCAUUUUUCACAAAGAACUGAGGUCAAUUUACUGGAAGAUCUUUAUCUUGAAAAAAUAUGGCAUCUGAGUUAGUCAAUGCUGCAACAAGCGAGAAAUUGGCUGAAACUGAUUGGGCAAAAAAUAUUGAAAUAUGUGAGUUGGUUGCACGUGAUAGAAGGCAAGCUAGAGAUGUUGCUAAAGCUAUCAAGAAGAGACUGGGUAGCAAACACCCCAAUACUCAACUUUAUGCUGUCAUGUUGCUGGAGAUAUUGAUGAACAAUACUGGAGAGCAUAUUCAUGAGCAGGUGAUUGAUAUCGGAAUUAUUCCUAUUCUUGUGAAAAUGGUGAAGAAAAAGUCUGAUUUGCCUGUGAGGGAGAGGAUAUUUCUCCUACUAGAUGCCACACAAUCAUCUCUUGGUGGUGCUUCUGGAAAAUUUCCCCAGUAUUAUAAUGCAUAUUACGAUUUAGUGAAUGCUGGAGUGCAGUUUCCUCCAAGUGCUCAAGUUGUCCAACCAAAUCAUGCUAGUUCACAACCUACUAGGACUGUUAGUGUACCAAACAGGGAGGAGGCCUCACCUAGACAUGAAGCGGUGGUACCACAAGCAGAAUCCCAGACUGUCCCUGAAUCUAGCAUCAUUCAAAAGGCUAGUAAUGCAUUGGAAGUUUUAAAAGAAGUUCUUGAUGCUGUUGAUGCUCAAUAUCCUCAGGGAGCAAGUGAUGAAUUCACCCUUGACCUUGUAGAACAAUGUUCGUUUCAGAAGCAAAGGGUAAUGCAUCUUGUGAUGGCUUCUCGAGAUGAGAAGAUAGUUUCUCGAGCAAUUGAAUUAAACGAACAGCUUCAGAAAGUUCUUGCAAGACAUGAUGACCUUGUUUCUGGCAGAGCUUCGACAACCGCUAGUGAACCGCUUCAGAAAGUUCUUCCAAGACACAAUGACAUUGUAUCUGGCAGAGCUACAACAACUGCUACUAAUACUCGUUUUAACCAUGAAGAAUCAGACGAGGAAGAGGAGCCUGAACAGUUAGUACGAAGACUACGCAAAGGAAAGGCUUGUGCAAGGCCUGAAGAUGAAGACACUGAAACCGACAUCUCUCGCAUGCAUUUGAAUGGGGAGAGAUUCAAUCGUCCUUUGAUUCGGCCACUAUCCUUAGAGCCAUCUCGAGAAACUCAUGUUCCGGCUCCUCUUCCUCCACCAGCUUUAGUCCCGCCUCCACGGCCAAAACAGAACGGGGAGCUUCCUCAUGUGGCAAUUCCACCACCACCUGCAAAACACGUUGAGAGGGAGAGAUUUUUUCAGGAAAACAAGGAUGCUUCUAAUCUGUCUGGUCACAUGAGAGGUCUCUCUUUGCAUAGUCGUAAUGGCAGCAGGUCUCACAGUGGAAGCUUUGAUUUUAGUGACUAAUACAUAUAGUAAUUAAUAACAAAACCUCGUGAUUUUUGUCUAAAUUUGGAGUUGGUAAUGGUAUUUUUAAUUUGUGCUAAGUUGGUGAUUUCUGAUCUAGUCUUUUUGCCUCUUGGUGACUUCGAAGAGGGGGAAAAGAAGGAAAAACAUGUCUUCAGUUCACGAAAAGCUUGUAAUUAAAAGGUUUUUUUGAAUCAUAUGAUAUUACCUGCUGUUUUGAAGUUUCAGGUGCUAGCGUGAUAAAUGAUAUAUAUAUUUAAUAA